GCGAUUUGUGGGUGAGGACUGACGAAAUGAUGAGUCAGAAGAAGUGAGACACUCAAACUCGCAACUCCCCUGCUCUGCUUUGCUGCUGUGCCUGCUUCAGUUUCGCAGUGACUCAGUGAGGGGGGGACGAGACCAAGACGGCAUCGGCAUAGCCUCGCCCGACGCCGACGCCGACGCCAUGAAGAUCCUGGUGGCCGUGAAACGGGUGGUCGACUACGCCGUCAAGGUGCGCGUGAAGCCGGACCGGACGGCCGUGGACACGGCCAGCGCCAAGAUGUCCAUGAACCCCUUCUGCGAGAUCGCCGUCGAGGAGGCGCUCCGGCUCCGCGAGGCCGGGGCCGCCGCCGAGGUCGUCGCCGCAACCGUCGGCCCCGCCGCCUCCGCCGACACGCUCCGCACCGCGCUCGCCAUGGGCGCCGACCGCGCCGUCCACGUCCUCCACGACCCGGACCCCGCGCGCCCGCUCCUCCCGCUCGCCGUCGCCAAGAUCCUCCGCGCCCUCGCCAUCCAGGAGAACCCCGGCCUCUUCAUCCUCGGCAAGCAGGCAAUUGAUGAUGAUUGCAACCAAACAGGGCAAAUGCUAGCUGGAUUACUCAACUGGCCUCAGGGAACCUUUGCAUCUAAGGUGAUAGUUGACAAGGAGAAGCAAACAGCUACUGUUGAGAGAGAGGUCGAUGGUGGAAUUGAAACAAUCUGCUUGGAUUUACCUGCAGUGAUUACCACUGAUUUGAGACUGAACCAGCCACGGUAUGCGACGCUGCCAAACAUAAUGAAGGCGAAAUCGAAGGUGAUCAAGAAAGUCACACCUGCAGAGCUGAAUGUAGAUAUCAGAUCAGAUAUGGAGGUGGUUCAGGUGGAUGAACCGCCAAAGAGGAAAGCCGGGGUCAUUCUCUCUUCGGUCGAUGAGCUCCUUGAUAAAUUGAAAAACGAAGCCCGUGUCUUGUAACUAAUUCACACAUGUACAUUGAAAUAAGGUGUAACUCCAAAUGCUCAUAUCAUUUGCAAACGAAAAUAAGGAGAAGAUUCUUUACCAAUGGAGAUGCUAAUCCAGAUAUGUCCAGUCCCUGUAUCUCAAUGCUUAUCUGCUGCUGAAUUGGCUCAUAUACUGAAUUGUUU